AUGACGAAUGGAGGGAAGGAGAUCGUGAUGAUUAUUUGGGAGGAUGACGCAAUAGAAGAUGAUAGAACUAAGAAGAAGGAAUGUAGUAACGACGGACCGGUCGUCGUGGCUUUGAGAAAAGGACCAUGGACGGCCGAAGAAGACAGGAUUUUGACGGAGUACGUGACGAAGCACGGAGAGGGGAACUGGAACGUCGUGCAGAAGAAUUCGGGGCUUUUGAGGUGCGGUAAAAGUUGUCGGCUCAGAUGGAUUAAUCAUCUGAGGCCGGAUUUGAGGAAAGACCCGAUGUCGCCGGAGGAGGCAGAGAUUAUUGUCGAACUCCAUUCCAUUCUUGGAAACAAGUGGGCGAAGAUGGUUCAAUUCUUGCCAGGGCGCACUGAUAAUGAGAUAAAGAACUUCUGGAACACUAGAAGGAAGAGGCUCAAGCGCGCCAAACUGGCCUCAUAUCCUGAUAAUGUCCAGCUCCAGGUGUUGAAUGAAGAGCAGCAGCAGCAAACACAGAUUCUCGGUGCAUUCGACGGCGGCAUUAAUCCACCCUACGAGCUUUCGCAAGAAAAUGGCUCUGAGAUUUCCUAUUGCAUAAAUGAGUGCGCGAAUUCUAACCACCAAAUGGAUAGUUUUCACCCUGCAAACAUGCUUGUUCAAGAUUUCCAGUCAGAAAUUUAUGCACUGACAGAUCCAUUCUCUGCCGGACUUCCACCACUCGUGCAUUUAUCCGAUGAGCCUGAAUGCGGUCUUGGUUCGCCCAUUUAUUACCAGUUUACUAACAACUUUGCGCCUUCUUGCAGUUCCGUUAUUAGCAGGAAUGAUCACGCGCUCGUAUGCGGCAAUUCCUUUGGCUUUGCGUCCUUUGACGGGCUUCUUGAUGAGCCCAUGGAGCUCUUUCCCUUGCCAAUUCCUUUCGACUCGGUUGAUGCUUAUGCUCAAGCUCAUGUCCCAAGCACAUCUGUUCAAAGUGAAUGUGUCCCACCGCAAAACGACGGCAUGUUGGAAGCAGUGGUUCAUCAGGUACUAUCUAAUUCGAGACCUCAAUCGACGCCCGAAAGUCACAAUUCACCUACUGUCAGCGAUCUUUUAGCUACGAUUCCCCACGAGUCGCUUCCUGGUCCAAAAUCGAGUGUGCGAGAGAUGUCACCUACAGAAGAAUUCUCUAGGCCGGACGAAUUCGUUAAUGAUCAGGCUAGAUUGAGUGAAGACAUGACGGAGUUCCUCGAUGCAGUCGAGCGCAAACCUCAGCAUUGUGGAAAUCCGGCUCCAUUCAAUGGUGACGUCGGGCUUGACUCAUCACUCGAGAUCAGGAAUUUCGAUCCCUCCGGUCAAGAGAAGCACGAGACCUCUUAG